AUGAGGUUGAUAGUAUUGAGGAUAUGCAGUCAAGGAAGGAAGGCUUUUUGAAUGUAAACGAAACGGCCGAAAAUGAUGGUAACAGUGGCUUCAAUUUGGAGUGCAAGGCAAUUUCUCGGGUUGAUGACGAACAUGGAUUAUUUAUGGAUUGUGGGCCGGUAGUGGAUAAGUGUGAUGGGUUGAAGGAGUAUGAUGGGCUGGUAGCCAACCCAAGUGGGAUGGUCAGGAGCAGUAAAGAAAAUAGGCCCGAUGAGGAUAAUGUGGGACAGCUAGCAUCUGUCCGGGAGAUUGAUAGAGGGGAUUUGAUGGGUAAAAGGCACAGGAAAAUAGAAGGAGUUAGCAAAAAUCUGGGCGGAGUGGGGGCAGUUGGUGACAGCCAGAACAAAGCUACGGCAAGGGAGAAGAGAGAUGGCUCGAAAGGCUACAACGAAAACAGUGGAGCGAGUUGGCAGCAUGUCUCUUUCUUAUGGAUGUAUUAUGCAUAGAAACCAGGUAAUUCAAAGAGAACUUAAUUUGCAUGAGGUGAGGAAGAUGAUGAGAGUGGGGAAAAGGUUGGGUAUUGAAAUGCAAGGAAAUGAAGAGGAGGUUGAGUC